UUCUCAAGAUUAGGCUGACUAUCCAUGAUUACGCGAAUUCUUAAGAAAUUUAAAAUAUUUUUCUGAUUUUUAUUUUCAAGAUUUGUUCUAGACAUUUUUUGAUAAUCCCACUACCUCUUUGUUUUCUGUUCCAUUUUUUUUUCGAGCAGAGACAGGGGAUCAGGAAUCAGUUAGAAAUGGCAUCCAGGAAGAAGGCUAUGACGCCAAAGCACGAAUCGGACAGAAUGUCCGAGGCGGGGCCAAAAUCGGGUAGCGAAAGCGAUUUGAGCGACAGCGAGAUGCAGAUCUAUAUCAAAGCUGUGGAAGAUCCGAAUGUCCUGCGAAUUGCGGUCAUGGCCGAUCCCGAGGUAACACUGGGCUUUCUGCUGGCUGGCAUUGGCUACCAAAGGGACAGGUUUCGCAACUAUAUGAUGGUGGAAAGCGAAACGCCGCAGGAGGAUCUGGAGAGCUUCUUUCUCGCCGUUUACAGGCGCGCGAACAUCGGCAUUAUUAUUCUCGAUUACGAUACGGCCAAGAGACUUCGCAACGUGAUGCAGCGAUGCAAUCAGCUGCUUCCUGUUUUGGUCACAGUGCCCAACAAGUCCUCGCUGACCACGUAUUUGGACAAAAAGGAGCGCAAUCGCCGACUUCGCCAAAGGGACGCCUACUAGGAUCUGAAGUUAGAGCGUACUUUUCUCCUGUCCCCUUGCUCUGCCACAAAAUAAAAUUAAGAAUAUCUGCUUCAAAUAUUUAAAAUCUAGAAAUUAUAGUUUAUUUUGCUUCUAUUUUAUGUUAACAAAUUCUAGUCAGUAAUCUACUAGAAUCUAAAGA